UGUUAGUUUGGACCGCGCGCUUCUCUCUGCCUCACGGCCGCGUCCUUGGCUCGGGCGCCCCAGUUGAGACUUGACGCCCAACUUUUACUAUACCCUGAGGCCCACUCCUCUCCCCACAUCCCGCUCAUAGCUGCAAGUCCCUGCGGAGCCCGAACCCAGGAAAAGACCCCUUUGCCCGACCCGGCCCGCCCGGGCCCGGUGAGCGGGUAGCUCGACGCUCGGCCUCAUCUGACACUCUGGCCCUUCUCCCGGGGAUCCCGCCGCCCCACCCAUGGCCCAGAAGCCGAAGGUAGACCCCCACGUCGGGCGGCUGGGAUACCUGCAGGCGCUGGUCACGGAAUUCCAGGAGACGGAGAGCCAAGACGCCAAGGAGCAAGUCCUGGCCAACCUAGCCAACUUCGCCUAUGACCCCAGCAACUACCAGUAUCUAAGGCAGCUGCAGGUCCUGGAUUUAUUCCUCGAUUCGCUGUCGGAGGAGAAUGAGACCCUCGUGGAGUUUGCUAUUGGUGGCCUCUGCAACCUGUGCUCAGACAGGGCCAACAAGGAGCACAUCCUGCAGACGGGGGGCGUCCCGCUCAUCAUCAACUGCCUGUCCAGCCCCAACGAGGAGACUGUGCUGUCAGCGGUCACCACCAUCAUGUACCUGAGCUCGCCGGGCCCCGGCGCCCACCCUGAGCUGACCAGCGCACCCGUGGUGCAGUGCAUGCUGCGCUUCUCUCUGUCAGCCAACACCAGGCUGCAGAACCUGGCCCGGAUCUUCCUGGAAGACUUCUGUUCCCCCAGCCAGGUGGCCGAAGCCCGCAGCUGGCAGGCUCACUCUGCCCUGGGCAUUCCGCUGCCAAGGACUGAGGCCCCACAGCAGCCCUGACCGAAGGAGCCCUCAAGGCCUCGGCAGCCUCAAAGCCAGACAGGCCCAAGUUCCCUUGGGGGCUCAGCCGAGCUCCCACUGAACACACUCCCAAAUGGCACCUUUCCAGCCACUUCAAAGGUGAGUUUUGCCUAAGUGACAGGUAUUUACACCGUGAGGACCAGGUAUUAGGCGGGAGAGGGAAGCCCCAGGGGGCCUGCUGUCAGCCAGCAGGUGGAGAUGGAGAGCCCUCUGGGCACCCCCUGCAGGCACUCACCCUCCUGUAAGCAGCUGGUUCCCUCAUCAGAGGCUGAGAGAGGCGGUGCUCACCAGAGCUGGGCCUGGGCUCAGAGGACCUGCCUGCACUUGAGGAACUAAGGACUACCUUGUACCACCCAGGCCUGGAGUCUUUUAGGACCAGAAACUAGAGACCUAAUUAAAACAUUUCUUGGGGCUCUGAGACUGGCCACCUGCCCUCCAGACUCUCCAGGCUGGCCACUGGAGGUGGUGGGUGCCCACUGUCAGCUUUUCAUCUGUAGGGCCCUGUCUGCCAAGCACCGUGUUAGGGCUUCACGUGAGCUAGGGCCUACUUCUGGUUGGCGGCCCCAAGACUAGCAUGGCCAUUAGACAUUAAGACCAAGGCCCUGGGGGCAAUGACCCUUCUCCCCUCACAGCCCCACAGUCCCCCUGAGCCUCUUUUGCCAUCAGGGUUGGUGAGGGUCAGCUGCCCCUAGAAGUGCGUCUCUGGCUCGGGAGGGCCUGAGGGAUGCAGGCAAGAGGAUGCUCUGGGCACACGGAUGUGCAGGUGCCGGCAUGCAGUUUCCAACAAGGACAGGACCCCAUGGAAAGUUGGGGCUCAGAGCAGUGGGGGUCCAGCCUCCCUUCAGCUUGACCUUAGGGCUA